AUGACGCCUCAAAUCGAUCCAGAGCCGUCACCACGAUACGAAGCUUUUGAAAAAUGGGAACUCGAGUACAUGUGCUGUUGCCGUGCCGUGCACGUUAAACAAGGCUCAUUGAUGAUUGGUGUUGUCUCAGCAAUAUUAAUACUCUACUCGCUGUUAUCACUACUUCUCAGUAGUGAAAAGAAUAGUGUUUAUGAAUAUGUUCAACUUAUGAUGUUAAUCUUCGAUAUGGCUACUGUUAUUUGCCUACUGGAAGGUGUUAGGAGGGAAAACCAUAAAAUGUUACUGCCUUAUUUGAUAUAUAUGGUAGGUAUAGACAUAAUUUGUAUAUUAUUUUAACGUAUUUUAUGUUCAAAGCUUUUUCUAAACAUUUUUUACUUAAAUUUGUUUAAAAAAAUUAAGUUUGACGAAAUGCCACAGAAGUUAUUGAUUUUUUUGGCACUUCGUUACAAAUUUUAUUGAAUUUUGAAAAAAAAAUAAAAAUUUUAAAAACUGGCAUAUCUGAAAAUAAAAAAAAGUUUUUCAAACUAAUUUUAAUUUCAAAAUUUCAGUUUCAAGUAUCAACCGUACUACUAGCGACAUGUUCCUUCGGUAUCUACAUCUUUUUGUACCCACAAAACAACUAUGGUUAUUUAGCAUCAAAUAUGCUGUUUGAUAGUACCCAGUCCAACUUUAAAGCAGUAAAAGUAGCCGGACUGUUUGUUAUGAUAUCUUGCUUCAUCGCUCUAUUAUUGACGUUUUGGUGGGCAUACGUGGUAUGUCGCUGUUUCUGCUACUUCAAACAAUUAAAUGCCAAAAGGGAGACGGUAGAGAAACAGGAAAAAGAACGAUACAUGCCUAAGAGUUAUUUUUGAAGUUUAUUUUGUAAUUACCAUCUUUUAGUUUUUUAAAUUUUAAGCCUUAAUGUAACUCUUUAGCCUACUAUAAUAUUGAAAAUCUGAGGUAAAGCUGUGUCUAUACGGGUCUUGUACAUAGCAUGGUAAAGCUUUGAUAACAGUUUCUUAAGCCAUUUUUUUUCACUUUUUUACUGCAGUAAUUCUGUACUCUAUCAUAUCUUACUACAUACUGUACCAUACUUGUAGUAUUUGCCUUUUUUUCACUUUUAUUGCUCAAAUAGCCAUGACUUUUCUAAACAUUCCUUACCAUAACAUUACACACAAUAAUACAAGGUUUCUUCAUGUACAAUGUCUUUCCAGCAUCUCACUUACAAUUACAUAUGACAUCUCAUACAACUUUGAUUGAUCAAUAAAUUCAAAUUGCUUAUGAUAUUCUUUUAGUAUUAUAAAUUUAGCUUUUUUGAUAAAAUUAAAGCACCUCAUCACAACCGAUAGAAUAAGAGGCCAAGUCUUUAUCUGAUCGGCCGAUCAGACUUUACAAAUGCGAAGAUGGCCGACCAACAAAAGACCUAAAAGACAGCGAGAAGUGCUACAAAGGACAAGAUUUGUACAAAAGUCCAAAGUGCCUAAGAUACUUCGAUCCAGGUUUAGAUCAAGCAGUAGGCCAAGGAUUAAGCCAAAGAUUAGGUCGAAAGUUAGGACAAGAGAUAAGCCAAAAGGUAGGCCAAGGGUUAAACUAUGGCUUGUCAGGGGAUUCUAUAGAAGCAAUCAAAAGCAAAUGUUGUAUAUUAAUGUUGAUCAGUUUAAGAUUAGAAAGUGCAGUCUUUGACGUUAUCAGAGAAGGCUAAAAAGAGAAAGCAUCAAGCUGGCUAUCAGUUGUUUCGCGCGUUUGUUGUGUAUAAGCAAACUGAAGCUGAUUUGAAGGUGAAUGAUCAUUUGAGUUUUGUCUUUGUUUCAGGUUAG